ACGCAAUUUAUUGUUUAUCUGUUUACAGUAACUGCAGACAAAUUUGAGGAAGUAAAAAGCCGUGAAGGCACAGCGACACCUCCUGUAGGAUUUAUUCGAAAAACCGAUAAUACUAUACACUUGGGCAGGAACGUAUGGCUGUCCAAAUUAACAUACGAUGCUGCAUUUUUCAAUGCAAGGACAAAUCAAAUGAUAGUAAAAAAUCUGGCGGUUGCAGUCUUCGGGUUGAAAGUUCUACAAGAGUCUAGUGUGACUGGAAUGAAAUGCAAUAAAUACAAAGAUCGAAAGCCAAAGCCAAAAUUAAAUGAAACAAAGAUUCUCGCUAUUCAAGAUAUUUUUCAAUAUUGGCUAAGUAAAAUUAAAAAAUGUUCUGAAGUUGAAGUCCAAGUAGAAUGCAGCAAAGUACCUUUAUAUAUUGCACGUAAAAUAAGCGAUUUGAACAGACCAGCAAAAAGUAGUAAAAUAGAAGAGAUAAUCGACAUUGAAUUGAAGUCAUCCAAUAAUAUAAAAGAUGUUAGCAAGAAAAGAAAGUUUGAACAACUUGAUGAAACGACUGAUAAUGAAUCAGUAUCUGAUUCAUCUGACUCCCAGAAAGAUUAUAAUCAAGACUGCAAUCAGAGUAACAUAGCAAGUGACAAAAAAGAGACAACCGAUAAUGUAUUAUCAGUAUCUGACUCACAAAAAGAUUGGGACGAUGAAGGAAAAACGACAAGUGAUAAAGAAGACAUUCCCAACAACAAAAACUUUUCUGACGAUAUGAAGGAUUCGAUUCUUUGGAGAGGAAGUAAAUUUUUUUAUGACAACAAUAGAUACAUGUUUUUUAUAAUUAUUUAUUACAUUAAUACCCUUAAGUUUUUAUAAAAUAUUAAUAAAAAGUUUAAAAACAGAUAAAGGAAUAAUUUAGAAAUUAUGAUAUAUUAUCACGUUGUAGAUCCUUGAAAUUCCAAAAAUUAGUAAGGUAUAUUUUUGCAGUAAGAAAGGAAUAAUAUACAUACGUACGCGUUUAGCAAAAAAUAGUAUUAAAAAUUACAGAUUGCAAAGGAUCUAUAUAUGCAAAAACGGAAAGAAUUAAGGUAUAUAAUCGAUUUUUAACAAAGUGAUCUGAAUGUAUGUAUGUAGACGUAUAACGAUACGUUUUUUUAGUUAAACUAAUUUAGAGUUUAUUUUUCUCCUUCUAGUACGAAGGAAAAAAGAUAAACUAGUGCAAUCAAUUAAAAAAUCUUUUUUUGUUCUAUCUCCGCACGUACACGUUUUUGUAUUCGUUCACUUUACAGCAUUUAUAACUGGAUGUUUUGAAUUUUUGUAUAGUGCAUACAGAAACGGAUAGUUACAUCACCGUAUAGAAUUCCGUUGGAUACUGUUCGCGCCUCGGCGACGAGUUCGCUAGUGCCCCUGAGAUGGUAAGCAGAGAGAACGUUCGUAGAACAGGUGUUAAAUAAGAAAACGCACUGCAAUUACGUGUCACAUGGACUCAUCAUGAUGUCCGAGUCGUACGUCAAAAACAGAUAGUUACAUCAGCGCACAGAUUCGGAUAGUUCCGUUACAGAUCAGUUAGAUGCAGUUAGCUUUCUAUCCGUUUUUGCGUAUAUAAUCCCAUACAAUCUGCAACAUUUUUCAUCCGUUUCUAUCUGUAAAUACAGAAAAAAACCGCAUAAAAAACAGUCAAAAAGCUAUAUCAGCGCACAGAUUCGGAUAGUUCCGUUACAGAUCAGUUAGAUGCAGUUAGCUUUCUAUCCGUUUUUGCGUAUAUAAUCCCAUACAAUCUGCAACAUUUUUC